UCUUCGUCAUGUGAUUCUAUGCUAAAGUAAACUUUUGACACUGCUGGACUUUUUGAGCACGCAUGUCGUGUAGAGAAAUGGAAGAACAUUCUUUGUUAUGAAUAGUAGUUUGCUUACAUGAAGGCUACUAACAUCGGUAGAAGGGAGUUCUGAUUGUGAGGCCUCUUUUUAUGGCUUGUAUCCGUUUUGAAACAUUGCAGCUGUUAUGAAAGUUCAGCUGCUUAAGGAAUCAGUGCCACCCAUGGAGUUACACAACUGCAGUUAGCAAUCCGGGGCAUGCCAUUCACACUGAAAUUGACCCUGGUCAGAUCCAUGUCCUGCAAAACAGGGCUAAACAACUGGUUAACCCUUUCAGACAGGAAAACAACCAGUAGGGGUGUAAAGGGGGGUAAGAUGGAGGAUGCCUACACGGCUCUCUACCAGGAGUUCCUUCGGCUGCGAUCCAUCUGUUUCAAACAGGCCACCAUGCUCCAGCACCUCACAGAAGUCCUCAAUAAUCAGCAAGGUGGCAUUGGGGACUCAGAGAACCUGGUGUCCAUGCCAGCCCAGUGUUCACAAGGUGAUCUGAUCAACUUCUGCUCAGACGCCCAUGAACUGUUGCUUCGUAGACCUCUGGAUCAGUCUGCUGAAACUAACACAACCCGUGGAGGGGGCGGCGUGACUGCAGUCUUGCUGACGUCAGGAAUGGACCAGCUCCACCUGGCUCGUCCCCAACAUCAAGCUUCUCUGGGGGCGGGUGCCGUGGCUGGCCUCGAAGGGCCCUCGACCUCUCCUGGGGUCAUUCCUUCGAGAGCGCCCCCUAGCAUCAUUGGUGACUUAAAACGGGCCGAGCAGCAGUGGGCUGAGAACAACCCUGCCAGAGCACGGAGGCCGUGGUCGUCCAGCUCAUUUCUGAACAGUGAGUGGAUGAGCCUGACGGGGGGGCGUGUCAUGUCGAGGGUGACAGUGGAGUCGCAGGUGUGCGAGUUCUGCCAAGCUGUGUUUCCUGGACACACCACCACACGCGGGGAAUUCCUGCGUCACCUCACCUCUCACAUCACCUGAUGGACAGGUUGCUUUUUUUUUCACCACGUUGUCAAUGUUCAACAGUACUUCAGCUUGUGAUCUAAAAGUCCUUUAAGUGCAACUUGAACUGUACACACAUAACUUUGUAGAGUAGUUGACAUUGUGACAAAGGUGUUUGUAAGGAUUUAAGUGGCUGGAAGCACCAAAGCUUUAGACUGUAGUACACUCUUCUACUUUGUCAUAAAAGGUUCAAGGUGCGUGCAAGAGUUCAAGGAUGCAAGUCCAUUCAUUUGUGUAAUAUGUGUACAGGACUUUGGUUCCGUGCUGCUCUGUGAACUGUCACCACUAGAUGGCAGGCGUAGAAAAACCCCUUAUUAAGAUGACUGUAGGAUUGCUUUGAUAAUGCCUGCCUCUCAGGUAAAUCUUUUGAAUGAUCAUUAAAUGUACCAUUUUUUUUCGAAAAUUACUAAUGUUGUUUUCUCUUACUGACACAUUUUUUAUUGCCAUUUUCAGUUUUAUUCCCAUGAAUGAAUAUUUUUUUUAUCAUACAUCACUUUGUAAACAUUUUAAGUGUCGCAUAAAUCCUACCUACAACCUAU